AGAUGAAAUCUAUCGUAGCAUCUUAACCUUGGAUGAUUUAACUGAGCAACUUACUAAAGACGGAUUUCACGUGAAAAGAUCAUCAGUGUACCUUCGAUUACAGCCUAAAAGGAGUAGUAGCCACCAAGGAAAGCGCCAUAUUGACAUGGUUCCAGUGAGACUUAUUCGGGCUCAGAACGACUUUCAUAAAAGUCAUCCAGAUCAGAGACUGUGUCAAGCAACUAUACGUACCAUGGAUGAACUUGCAUCUCUUUUGGGACCGUCAGAAGUGUGCUACAUCUCUCAAGACGACAAAGCAAGAGUGGCUAUAGGGAUAACGGCAGCAAAUGUACAGGCCCCUAUGCUUAUGCACAUGCAGUAUCGGGUAAAACUUCCGGACCAUGAUUGGGUUGUCGCAGCUGGGCACAAGCUCAUCCCAUCUGUAUAUGCAGGCAUAGCUGUUGACAGAAAUGGCCUAGGAAUGCCCGGUGCUGUCGGAUAUUCAGGUCCAACUUAUGUCGCCAUUCGCUCCGGCAAACAUUGUUCUUCAACUGCUUUAAGUCAUUGUAUGGACUAUGAACGAUUACUGAACCUCCCUGAAUUCAACUCUAUAACAAAAAGUUCAGAUGAGAGAGUGAAGCCGAUUGUUAUGUUCUCAGUUGAUGGGGGUCCUGACGAAAAUCCUCGUUACAACAAAGUAAUUGAAGUUGCAAUACAUCACUUUGUGUCACACGAUCUUGAUGCGAUUUUCAUCUUUACCAAUGCACCAGGCAGGAGUGCCCAUAAUCGAGCAGAGCGAAGGAUGGCCCCUUUAAGUCGCCCACUAUCUGGGUUAAUUCUUCCUCAUAAUUACUACGGGAACCACCUUGACGCAGCUGGUAAGACCAUCGAUAUGGACCUUGAAAAACAGAACUUUGAAAAAGCUGGGACUACUCUGGCAGAGGUAUGGAGCGAAGUAGUAUUUGAUGAAUAUCCUUGUGUUGCUGAAUAUGUGGAUCCGAAUUAUUAUGAAUUCAGUCAAGAUCGGCUCAACGUGAAAGAUCAGUAUUGGUUUUCGGAGCAUGUUCGCACGAGCCAGUACUUUACGCAAAUUGUUCAGUUUCAGUCGCAGUUAUUGGAUCGAAUUUGCCAAAAAUGUUCGCUUUAUUUUGCAUCGAAAGUUAUGCUGAAGAGUCACAUGAUUGUACACAAAAAGAAGACUCAAAGCGCAAGUGCAGUUGUUGAGAAAGAGUUCAUCGUCACAAGAACUAGACCUGUUCGCAUCGCAGCGAUGCGACAGAGAGAAAUUAUGGCUAUCAUUGUAUCAGAUGACAAUAAUGGCUUCCCACAAAGCACAGAGACGUCCGAGGGACAUCCUAUGGAGGUUUCUCAUGGGCUAUUGGGACAUCCAUAG